AUGACGAAUUAUAUGUUUGUAGAGGUUAGGAAUCUGGGACGAUGUCGAGAGGUGAGAGAGAGAUUCAGACACAUCGAAGAAGACGAGCAACAUAGGAGACAACAACGCAACCUCUCACAACAAAACGCGAUAAUCGGCAGAGAUAAAAAUAAUCAGAAUAAUCUGAUUACAGAAAAUCAUGAUUUUAACAACAAAUGGUUCUUUAAUACAACUGACAUUGAAAUACCGGAAAUAGUUCAAAAAACUGCUAGUCUUGCACCUGAUUCCACUACACCGUCAUCACCUGUCAUCCCUGAGUCACCUUCACCACUGGCAUCACUAUCAACUUCACCACCGGCAUCACCAUCAUCUUCACCACCAGUAUCACCAUCACCUUUACAUUCAAACUCACCUCAAUCAUCUCCUCCAGCAUCACCAUCAUCUGAUAUUUAUUAUACGCCAAAGUAG